AUGGGGGAGAAGGACAAGCCUCCGGAUAUUCUGCAGGCUGAUGGUACUCUGCCAGAGAAUAAUGUGGGUCCUGGAAAUGCGAAAAAAAAAAAAAAUUUGGGCAAAACGUUUUUGGGGGCCCUCACGGUACGCAGGGUACGUGGGGCCCCUGCCAUGUUGCAGGCCCUGCGGGCGUUGGUACAGCGCCAUUGCUCAGUCCAUGUGGGCCCGGCCCCGUCGUCACCGGUUUCUCUACGGCCCCCGCCGGCAAUUACACCUGGCCCCCGGCGGCCCUGCAGUCUCCGGCCUCUGCCGCCUCCAGUCCCCUACACCGUCACUUCCCAGCAGCCUGGCCUUCCGGCUGCGUGCCUCUCCGCUUCAUCGGUUGCGUGCCUCUUCGCUCUGCCGGCCCUGCUCUCACCGCCAGCCUCCUUGCGGCCCCUGCCACCGGAAACCUCCCUGCACCUCCGCCGCCGCCUGCCUGUGGCCCCAGCUCGCCGCUCAGCCUAUGGCCCCAGCUUGUCACUCAACCUGUGGCCUCCACCCUGGCCCACGCCACUCAGUCCCCGGUCGCCGCUCAGUUCCCGGCCACUGCUCUGGCUCACCGGCCCUUUUUUCCAGCCGGCCACCGCUCCGCCACCGGGCUACCGCCCAGCCACCGGAUCUCCGCACGGCCGCCACCGGUCCUGGGAUCUCUUUUUUGAGUAG